AUGGUAGUAAGCUUAAAGAAUUGCUGCACAGUAAAGCCAGCAGAGCCAACAUGGAAUGGCCCCCAACCCUUAUCAGAAUUAGAUCAAGUUGGUACCACAACUCAUGUUUCCACAAUCUAUUUCUACCGUCCAACACAAAACUGGCUUUCACCACCAGACACCAUUACCAAUACUCUUAAAGAGUCAUUAAGCAAAGCAUUGGUGCCUUUCUAUCCAAUAGCUGGUCGUUUGAGUUGGAUAGGCAAAGGCCGUCUUCAAAUUAAUUGCAAUGCUGAAGGGGUUCAAUUCUUUGAAGCUGAAUCUGAGUCCAAAUUAGAAGAUUUUGGUGACUUCUCUCCCUGUCCAGAGUAUGAGUACUUAAUCCCAAGUGUAGAUUAUAGUGUCCCAAUUCAUGAAAUGCCAUUAUUAUUGGUGCAACUCACUAAGUUCAAGUGUGGAGGUAUUAGUCUUAGCCUAUUGGUAUCACAUGUAGUGGUUGAUGGACCAAGUGCACUACACUUCUUUUCAGAGUGGGCUAGGAUUGCUCGAGGUGAGCCAUUAGGGACAUCACCAUUUCAUGAUCGAAGGGUUUUUAGAGCUGGGGAUCCCCCAAGAGCUAGUCCAUGCAUUGACCACGAGGGCUUUAUUCAACCCCCACUCUUGCUUGGGAAAUUGGAUAGUCUAGAAGAGCGAAAGAAGAAGACUACGGUGGCCAUGUUAAAGCUUACAAAAACCCAAGUUGAAAAGCUAAAGAAAAUGGCAAAUGAGGAUCAGAGUAGCGAUUUAGAGCAUGAUUACACACGGUAUGAGACUUUGGCGGGACACAUUUGGAGAUGUGCAUGCAAAGCUCGUAAACACGGAAAUGAACAACCUACGGCACUAGGUGUUUGUGUUGACUCAAGAAGGCGCAUGAGUACACCAUUGCCAAUUGGGUACUUUGGCAAUGCAACUUUGGAUGUGAUUGCUACGUGUCGUGCCGGGGAUUUGAUGUCCAAACCAUUAAGCUAUGCUUCAAGUAGGAUAAGAGAGGCUAUCAAGAAAGUGAAUGAUGAGUUUGUGAAUUCGGGUAUUGAUUUUUUGAAGAAUCAACCGGACUUGACACAGUUUCAAGACAUUCAUUCCGUGGGGAGCACCCAAGGGCCUUUCUAUGGAAAUCCAAAUCUUGGGGUUGUGAGCUGGUUGACCAUACCAAUCUAUGGCCUUGAUUUUGGAUGGGGGAAGGAGAUUUAUAUGGGGCCAGGAACGCAUGAUUUUGAUGGAGACUCGCUUGUCCUUCCGAGUCAUGAUGGAGAUGGAUCAUUGACUGUGGCUUUGUGUCUGCAGGUGGUUCAUAUGGAUGAUUUUAAGAAGCAGUUCUAUGAAGAUAUUUAGUGGGAAAAUGAAAAGAAAAGAAAGGAUAUAUUUUAUGGAAUGGUCAUAAAUUUGAAUAAAACAAGGAGUAGCAAGAAAAGGAAGAAUAAGUAGUAAGAAAGUGCUUAGCUUU